AUGUCGCAAUCCAAUGGAGAGCUGGAGCACUCGAAAGAGGUCGCCCAACCCCAACAAGAGCCCACGAAUGGUACUGAGCUGGAAGGUGUGACCGAGGAGGACAACGCAAGUGGUCUCUUCCAGAUCUCUGUGAAGCUUCCUCAUGAGCCUCACAAGAUCCAGGUCAUGGUCUCUAGCCAAGAACAAGUGCAGGAUGUUCGCCAAUCGAUCGUGGAGCUGCCCGGUACCUUCCAGUACACCUGCUUCCACCUGGAAUUCAACGGCAAGCGUAUCAACGACUUUGUGGAGCUGUCUGAAGUGCCCGACUUGAAGGCUGACUCGGAGAUCGUGCUGGUGGAGGAUCCCUACACCGAGAAGGAGGCUCGCAUGCACAUUGUGCGCAUUCGGGAGCUGGUGGGUGCCGCCGGGGACCGUGUCGAUAACCUCCACGGCAUUUCUGCCGGUCUGUCGUUGCACGACUCUAUCUCCGCAGAUGCCGCCCAGGCUAGCGAGUCAGACAAGGAUCACUCCCUUGCCAAGUACAACUUGACGGGCGAAUCCUCCCUCGACACAAUCCUCCCCAAGGAGCAGACUCCCCUCCCGAAGACCGUAAAGUCGAUUUCGCUGUCAGCAUGGAACCCAGUGCCUUACAACCUCCGCCAGAGAGGUCAUUUGCUUUACCUCCAGGUCAUCACUAACGAGGGUGAACAAUUCCCCAUCACCGCUCACGUGUCCGGUUUCUACGUCAACAAGUGCUCGAGCACCAAGUUUGAUCCUACGCCGAGGACCAUCAUGCCCAAAAACGUCAAGGGCAAUGCCCACUCUCUCCUCACUUUGAUCUCUCAGCUGUCACCCUCCUUCAACGAGGCCUUUGAGGCUCUGCAGGAAUCCAACAACCAGAAGGAUCUUUUGACCACUUUCCCCUUCCAGAACGCCAUUCCCAAUAACCCAUGGCUGGUUCCCUCUCCAAGCCAGAAUGCCCACCAAGCAGACAUCACUCGCUCUCAGGAGAGCUAUUUGAUCUCCGGCGUGGACAACGCGGAAACACUGCGGGAUUGGAAUGAGGAAUUCCAGACCACCCGGGAGCUGCCUCGGGACACUGUCCAAGACCGUGUCUUCCGGGAGCGCUUGACCUCCAAGCUGUUUGCGGAUUACAACGAGGCUGCGGCCCGUGGAGCCGUCUUGGUUGCCCGCGGCGAGGUCGCUCCUCUCAAUCCCACCGAGGCCCGUGACGCUCAGAUCUUUGUCUACAACAACAUCUUCUACUCUUUCGGUGCCGACGGUGUGGGCACUUUCACUUCCGAGGGUGGUGAUGAGGCCGCUCGUGUGGCAGUUGGGAAAGAUGUCCUCGGUAUCAAGGCUGUCAAUCAGCUUGACAUCCAGGGUCUCUUCACACCUGGAACUGUGGUCGUCGACUAUUUGGGCAAGCGCAUUGUCGGACAGAGUAUCGUGCCCGGCAUCUUCAAGCAGCGGGAGCCCGGUGAGCACCAGAUUGACUACGGUGGUGUUGAGGGCAAGGAGGUUGUGGCCACCCACCCCGACUUCCAACCCGUCUUCGAGAAGCUGUCCAAGGCUCUUCGUAUCAAGCAGCAUCCUGUCUGGGACAAGGAUGGCAAGCGUCACGACCUGGAGGGGAGCGUGGAGACCAAGGGCUUGCUUGGCACUGACGGGCGCAAAUAUGUUCUUGAUCUGUACCGCGUUGCUCCUCUUGAUGCUAUGUGGCAGGAGGAGGAUGGCAGCGAUGCCUAUCCCCAUCGCAUGUCGGUACUCCGACUUGAGCUGGUUGAGUCGUUCUGGCGAAUCAAGAUGAGCGCCUAUGUCAAGGCUGAAGUCGAGCGUCGUAAGGCUGUCAAGGCUGAGGAGCCCAAGGCUGAAGAGUCCAAGGCUUCAGAGAGCUCCGAGGCCAAGACUCAAGAGUCUGCUGAAGAGCAGACUGAAGAAAAGACGGAUGACCAGGACCGUGUUGACAUCUCUGGAUUUAACCUCUCGUUGAACCCUGACGUCUUCAGUGGUCAGGUCCCUCAAACGCAAGAAGAGAAGGACCAGUGGGCCCAGGAUGAGAAAGAGGUUCGGGAGGCCUGUGAGCACUUGCGCUCAAAGAUUAUGCCCGACCUUGUUCAGGACUUGCACGACGGCGACGUUGGCUUCCCCAUGGAUGGCCAAUCUCUCACUCAGUUGUUGCACAAACGCGGUAUCAACAUUCGCUACCUUGGCAAGCUCGCGCAGCUUUCCACGGAGAAGGGUGCCCGUUUGCAGGCUUUGUCCACUCUCCUGGUUCAGGAGAUGAUUGCACGUGCUUUCAAGCACAUUGCUAACCACUACCUACGCAACGUUCCCGCUCCAUUCGUCGCUCCUUGCAUUGCGCACCUCCUGAACUGCCUCUUGGGCACAGGCGUGAAUGCUGCCCCCCGCGCUGAAAUUGACUCUUCUCUGCGCGAUCUGUACCCUGAAGGAGACUUUUCCUUCGAGAAGGUUACUCCUGAGUCCCUCCGCGUUGAGGUUGAAAAGCAGGUUAGCACCCGCUAUCGCUUCUCGCUCCAGGAGGGCUGGGUCAGCACCCUCCGCCAUCUGCAGCUUCUGCGUGACAUCUCGAUCAAGCUCGGUCUGCAGCUUGGAGCCCGAGAGUUCGCCUUUUCCAAGGACCAAAUCAAGGAGCCGGCUCCUGUGGCUAAUGUCACUAAUGGAAACGGUCUGGAAGACGGUAGCAACAAGAAGAAGAAGAAGGGCGGAGAGAGCAAGUCCCCCAGCCGUGCACCUGAGCAGGCUAAGGCUGCUGUUACCUUCACUGCGGAUGACAUUGUGAACAUCGUUCCCUUGGUGAAGGACGCCUCUCCUCGCAGUGCAUUGGCUGAGGAGGCCCUUGAGGCCGGCCGUAUCUCGCUAAUGCAAAAUCAGAAGCAGUUGGGACAGGAGCUUAUUUUGGAGUCACUGUCUCUCCACGAGCAGAUCUACGGCAUUCUCCACCCUGAAGUGGCUAAGCUGUACCACCAGCUGUCCAUGCUCUAUUACCAGACCGAUGAGAAGGAGGCUGCCGUGGAGCUGGCCCGCAAGGCUGUUAUUGUCACAGAGCGCACUUUGGGCGUCGACUCUGCAGACACAAUCCUGGCUUACUUGAACCUGAGUCUCUUUGAGCAUGCCUCCGGCAACACCAAGACUGCCCUGGUCUACAUUAAGCACGCCAUGGAUCUCUGGAAGAUCAUCUAUGGUCCUAACCACCCUGACUCGAUCACUACCAUGAACAACGCGGCUGUCAUGCUGCAGCAUCUCAGGCAAUACGCUGAUUCCCGCAAGUGGUUCGAGGCUUCUCUCUCUGUGUGUGAGAACCUGUUCGGUCCCCAGUCGAUCAACACGGCCACUAUUCUCUUCCAGCUGGCCCAGGCCCUGGCGCUUGAUCAGGAUUCCAAGGCUGCCGUUGGCAAGAUGCGUGAAGCUUACAACAUCUUCCUUGCUCAACUUGGUCCCGAGGAUCGUAACACCAAGGAAGCGGAGACGUGGCUUGAGCAGCUUACUCAGAACGCAGUCUCCAUUGCCAAGCACGCCAAGGAUAUCCAGGCCCGUCGUCUGCGUCGCAUCAAUAUCAACCCUCGUGUCUCGACCAUGGGCACCCGCGUCCAACCUCAGGUCGGCCAGACGGCGCCCGAAUCUUCCGGGACUGCCAGCGCCUCCGCUUCUGGUCUGGACUCGCGCAACAUCGAUGACUUGUUGAAGUUCAUCGAGGGUAGUGAUCAGAGCUCAUCGCGCUCGAAGCAGAAGAAGCGCACCGCCGCUAACCCGAAGCUUCGUGGAUCCAAGCAAUCGAAAGCUUAG